GUUAAUUUGAAAAACAAUGGCUGCAAUCGUCACCAACUUCAUCUGCUUUAGCUUGCAAACGCUUACCAGUUCAAAGAUUUUUCCUUUUUUUACUUAUUCUCUUCUCAUUAUCAAACACCCACAAAAUCUUACUGAAGAACAUUCAACAAGGUUUGCCCAAUCACGCAUAAAACCCUCAACCACCCUCUUAAUUGUCAAAUGAUAAUUACGCGCAUAUCCAUGUGAACGCAGGGAGAGGAUAUCGUUAUUAUUUGGCAUAAAAUCGUAUGCACGCAACCUGUUUGAUUAAAUGUCUCUUUGAUGUGGUGGAUGGUUUGGAUAUUUGGAUAAAUACAAGGUGUUCAUUUUGAGCCAUAUUUGGGAAUUGGUGUACCACACAAUAUCCUCGGGAUGUCCGAAUUAAGAUUUUCAUGGUUCAGAGUGGUAUGGGCCAUGAGUUUGUUGCUUGUUGUUGCAGACAGUCAGUCUACUCAUCCUACCGAAGUGACAGCACUGCAGGUUAUUAGGCGAAGCUUUGAUGAUCCAGAGAAUAGUCUCAGUAACUGGAACCGUGGAGAUCCAUGUGUAUCAAAUUGGACUGGGGUCUUGUGUUUCAACACAACCAUGGACGAUAACUAUCUUCAUGUGCAGGAACUGCAACUACUGAAUCUCAACCUUUCAGGAACUUUAUCUCCAGACCUAGCACGGUUAUCUUAUAUGGAAAUAUUGGAUGUCAUGUGGAACAAGAUAGGUGGGAGUAUACCAAAAGAGAUCGGUGAACUUGCAAAUUUGAGACUCUUGCUCUUGAAUGGAAAUCAACUAACAGGCUCCUUGCCAGAAGAGAUUGGUCAUCUCCCUAAUCUGGACCGAAUACAAAUUGACCAAAAUUUUAUAUCUGGACCAAUACCAACGUCAUUUGCAAACUUGAACAAGACAAAGCACUUCCAUAUGAACAAUAACUCACUUAGCGGACAAAUUCCUCCUGAGCUAUCUAGAUUGCCAGAUCUUGUUCACUUGCUGCUUGACAAUAACAACUUAUCAGGCUAUCUUCCUCCAGAGCUCAGUGAACUGCCAAAACUACUUAUACUUCAACUUGACAACAAUCACUUUGAUGGAAGUAUACCUCCCUCUUAUGGCAACAUGGUUCAAUUGUUGAAGUUGAGUUUAAGGAAUUGCAGCUUGCAAGGACAAAUCCCUAAUCUUAGCAGGAUACCAAAACUUGCUUAUAUAGAUCUCAGUAACAACAAUCUCAAUGGAUCCAUACCGGCCAUGAAUCUUUCUGAUGAUAUCACAACAAUAGAUCUGUCAAGGAAUCGGCUUACUGGAACUAUUCCUCCCAGCUUUUCGGGCCUUCCUGUUCUACAAAGACUGGCUCUUUUCAACAACUCAUUAAGUGGCACAGUUCCAUCUACUAUUUGGCAAAACAGGACUUUCAAUUCAACCGAAGAACUUACUCUGGAUAUGAAAAAUAAUAGGCUUUCAGGCAUUUCAGGCAGUCUUGACCUCCCUCCAAAUGUCAACCUUAGGCUCCAAGGAAACCCUGCAUGCUCAAAUGGCAGCAUGGAAGACUUCUGUGGCUCUUCGAGUGCAUUAGUCAGUCAUCUGCAGAGCACCCCAUCAAACUCAACCGAUAACUGUGAACCACAGUCAUGCCCAACAUUUUACGAAUAUGCACCAGGGUCUCCUGUACGAUGCUUUUGUGCUGCACCACUACUUAUUGGUUAUCGGUUAAAGAGUCCAGGAUUCUCAGAUUUUGCGGCAUAUUUCUAUCCAUUUGAGGUGUACCUAACCUCUGGUCUUGAAAUAAAGCGUUUUCAGCUUGACCUUACAUAUGAAUGGGAAAAGGGUCCUCGAUUACGAAUGUCUUUGAAGAUUUUUCCUGAAUUUACUGGAAAUAAUUCUAAUACCUUCAAUAGCAGUGAAGUGUUACGGAUAAGGGACUUGUUCACACAGUGGGAGAUUCCAGAUAACAGCAUUUUUGGACCUUACGAGCUUCUUAAUUUCACACUAUUGGAUCCUUAUAGAGAUGUUAUUCCCACCACCACCUCCUCCUCUUCUGGUGUAAGCAAGGGUGUAGUGGCAGGCAUUGUGAUAGGGGCUAUCAUAGGUGCGGUUUUACUCUCUGCAUUUGUGUCACUUUAUAUCUUACGGUUGAACCGGAGGAAGUACCAUGCAGUUUCAAAAAGACGCCAUGUUUCCAGGGCCUCCCUUAAAAUCGAAGGAGUGAAAAGCUUCACCUAUGAAGAAAUGAAACACGCUACAAAAAAUUUUGAUGUUGCCAGUGAAGUUGGGCAGGGUGGGUAUGGAAAGGUAUACAAAGGUAUCUUCGCUGAUGGGACCGUUGUCGCCAUUAAACGAGCCCAGGAGGGAUCACUACAGGGCGAAAAAGAGUUCCUUACCGAAAUAGAGUUAUUGUCAAGAUUGCAUCAUAGAAAUUUGGUUUCUUUGCUUGGAUUUUGUGACGAAGAAGGCGAGCAGAUGUUGGUUUAUGAGUUCAUGUCUAAUGGCACUCUCAGAGAUCACUUAUCAGCUACAGAAAAGUAUAAAGAAUCGUUCAGUUUUGCUACGAGAUUAAGAAUUGCAUUGGGUUCAGCCAAGGGUAUUCUCUACCUACAUACGGAAGCUAAUCCUCCGAUAUUUCAUCGAGAUAUCAAGGCCACGAACAUCUUACUUGACUCCAGACUCGUUGCAAAGGUAGCAGAUUUUGGACUUUCACGACUUGCUCCAGUUGCUGAUUUGGAAGGAAUUGUUCCUGGUCAUGUAUCGACAGUCGUUAAGGGAACCCCAGGGUACCUUGACCCAGAGUACUUCUUGACUCAUAAAUUAACCGACAAAAGUGACGUUUACAGCUUGGGUGUCGUAUUUCUCGAACUCUUGACGGGAAUGCAUCCGAUCACACAUGGCAAGAACAUUGUUCGAGAGGUUAAUAUUGCUUAUCGAUCCGGCAUGAUAUUCUCCGUCAUCGAUUCAAAAAUGGGAUCUUAUCCAUCUGAAUGUGUCGAAAAGUUUGUGACCUUAGCCCUCAACUGUUGUAAGGAAGACACGGAUGAACGACCAUCGAUGGUCGAAGUCGUUCGUGAACUCGAAAACAUAUGGCAUAUGAUGCCCGAAUCCGACUCGAAAACCCAUGAUUCAAUCGAUAUCGAACACGGGAAGAAUGUGUCUUCUCAAUCUUCAUCCUCUACAACAAAGAACCCGUAUGUUUCCACUGAUAUAUCUGGCAGUGAUCUUGUUAGCGGUGUUGUUCCCACCAUUGCACCUAGAUGAACAAGAAUCAUAUACUCUUUUUAUGUAGUUAUAGUUGAUUUUUGAAUUGGGGUUUCUAUUUUACGGAGGUAGGUUCUGUGUACAUCUUAUCCUCCAGAUCCUGUCUCUGUAUCUGUAUGGGAUAUACUGGAUUCGUUUGAUUUAGUAUGAUAAUUAGGGGGUAUUUAACACACGAUAAAUAAUGUAUUAAGGAAGACAUAUUUAUAUACGUAUAGGAAACACCGAUUGUGUAUGUGGAAA